AUGGUCAAACGCAAGCGCCCCAUUGGGCCCGCUGAUACCUAUAUCAAGCGAUCCCGCCGCGCGGCGAAAGCAAAGAGAUCUGCCACGCCCACCGCGCUGGGACAGCCAAUUGCGGGCAGUAUCACUGAAGCAGCCAAGAGCAAUGAGAGCAACAGGUUGCUGUCUCUUCCAGCAGGAGUACGGAACACGAUCUACGAACUUGUCACUGGGGAUUUGCAGACAGAGUACGAAUCUUAUAAGUGCAGCAAGAUCGAACCGCUGUUGGAGCAGCACACACAAGAUCCAGAUCGGAUGGCUCGCCUUAAUCUUUACCCGCCCCUUCUAAAUGAAGCAGAAUACGCGCACUUUCGAUGCUUGAAGAAGGAUUGGCUCGCACUGGGCCAAACAUGCCGCCAACUUCAUUGGGAAUUUCGCUCGCUGCAAAACAGUCUCACUCAUGUUUACAUUUCUGUACGAUUUCUCAAAGGGUACCUUGAGACUUUCCAUCACGUCCCCGACGAGACGAUUGCCGACCAAAAGAUCCCCACCCGACCCGCUCGUCCUCCUGCGAAGAUGACGGUAUUCUUCGACAAGUUUGACAAGAAAGAACAGCGUCCCUUCGAUGUUCUGCCCCUGAUGCGGCUGAUGCAGAGCUCUUCAUCACUUCGUGUUCAAGACGAAGCUCUCAAGGACUGGAUGAAAACCAGCAAGAUGAGGCCAUGGACUGGUGCUGACUGGAAACGUAAGCGUGGCAAGGGGAUAGACAAAGACGGUACGUGGCUCAAAGACAGGCAAGAGCACACGCGGAAGUACCUGGAAGCAUCUGGAAUGAAUGUCGAGCUGUUGAAGGGGUGGAAAGUGACCGUGGGUGAAGGGGCAGGUUAG